AUGGGCAACGAAAGUACUGAAAUUACUUAUGAUUCAUCGAAGGAUCCUAAACGAAAGGCUAAUUCUAAAGAUCCAGGGUGGAAGUAUGGGUUUUGGCCGGAUUUGAGUAGAAAAGAUUUGAUCCAAUGCAAUUUGUGUGGAAGAGAAAUAACCCAAGGGAUUAAGAGAUUAAAACAACACUUAGCCAAGGGUUAUGGAGAUGUUGUUGCAUGUCGAAAUACAACAACAAAAAUAAUGAAAGAAAUGCGGGAUUAUAUAUUGAAGAAUUCAAGGAACAAGCCGUUCACUUUGGUUGAUAAUGAUGAUGCCAAUGAUGGGGAUGAAGGUCCACAAGAUGUGUCAUUGGAAGGAACACAACCAUCAUCCCACAACUCUGUUAGUCAUCUUAGUUCGGGGACUAGUAGCAAAAGAAAGCAAGCAGCUUUGAGGUUUUCACAACCGCCAUCAAAAUCAAUUGCUGCAAUGGUUAGAAAAACCCCUGAAGAAAUUGUGGAUGAAAGGCAUAGCAAGAGUUAUCAAAAAACCCUUGAAGAAUGUACAAAAAGUAAAGAGGAGAAGGACAGAGUAGCAAUGCAUGUUGCAUAUUACUUCUAUGACUGUGGCAUUCCAUUUAAUACUAUAACUGCUAGGAGUUUUGAGGUUAUGCUAGAGUCUGUUGCACAAAUAGGUACAGGGUGGAGACCUCCUAGCUAUCAUGAUGUGCGGGUCAAACUCCUAGAGAGAGCAAAAAAAGAAAUAGACUUGUUGUUAGAAAAACAUAAGGUUGCUUGGAAGCGAUAUGAGUGUACGUUGAUGUCAGAUGGAUGGACUGACAGAAGAAAUAGACACCUGAUAAACUUCCUUAUCAAUAGUCCGGAGGGGACUUUUUUCUUAGAGUCUGUUGAUGCAUCGGGCGAAUCCCAUGAUGCUGCCAUGUUGGCUAGGUUGCUUAAGGGAAAGAUUCAAGAAAUAGGAAAAGAAAAUGUUGUUCAACUCGUAACAGACAAUGGGGCUAAUUAUAAGGCAGCGGGUAGGUUGUUGGAAGAAAAGAUACCUUCCUUGUUUUGGACUUCCUGUGCAUCACAUUGCUUAGACCUCAUGUUGGAAGAUAUUGGCAAGUUGCCCGAGUUCAAGCAAAAGAUUGAAAGUGCUAGGCGGACCACUACGUUCAUUUAUAGGCACGGAAGGAUUCUUAGUGCUAUGAGGGAGUUCACGGGUGGCAAAGAUCUUGUGAGGCCUGGAGUCACAAGUGAUCAUUGGAGUACUUCUAAACUAGCAAACACAGAAGCUGGAAAGAAAGUAUAUGAUUCGGUGUUUUCUACACGAUUCUGGACAGGGGUGGAAGAUUGCAUCAAGGCAUCUCAACCCAUUCUUGUUAUGUUGAGAAUUGUUGAUGCUGAUGAGAUCCCAGCGAUGGCCGAGGUGGCCAUGGCUAUGGAGAUUGCAAAGAAGAAAUUGAAUGAAGCAUUUGCAAGCCAGCCGAGGAUAUUGUCAAAGUUGAUGGAUAUUGUAUAA